GAACUGCGCCGGCCAGCAGCUCGGAGUGCAGCUGUGGAGGGCUCACACAUGACGUCAGCGAUGUCUGUGGUGCGACGUUUAGUGGCAGCCUCGACCCGGAUGAUCAAACUGAGCUGGUUUUUGUAGGUCAGGGCGGGUCGGCUGACGUGUUACCUUCGUGCUGUCAGCCACCGUGGUACGACACACUUAGCAAGUAGGACGUGGAGCACGCGAAGGUGGCUGUGACCUGUGUACACACAUCACGUCGUAAACCAUUGCCAUGUCGCGUGUAGGCGGUGAGCAAUGAGAACACGCCUGGUACACGGGACACGCGGUGUGUUUUGCCUUCUCUAACUGUGGGUCAGGAUCAGAGAAGAAAAAGUUGCUUACUUUUUAAAGGGGAUAAUUAAACACAGUCAUGUUUGUUGCCAAGCCUUCUGACAUGAGUUCUUGACAAGACCUUCCGCGAACGGCCAUUAUGAGGCGCUUGACACUGGCCUGCAAAUGUAGCGCGGUCCGUAUGCGGCCUGCGGCCUGCUGCUGCAGCAUGAUAUGCCUGCGGUCAACGGCACAAUUUUUGCUUGCCAGCUUCCUCAUCGUCGCACUGACCCUUCUAAUCCCUGGCUCACCGUUGCGUCGCCACCUGCUGGCUGACGCAGACGCGACACGUGACGUGAUACUGCGUGACAACGAGCUGAGGAUCCAAGCCAGCCAGGCGGUUCUGGACGCUUACAAGGCGCAGCUGUCCUCCCCCAAGCCUAAACCCUCCUCUUCAAACCCACGCCCUCUGGUCGAGUAUGGCGCUGAUGUCGGGCUCACAGUGUUGACCAUGUCGCGGGGGCUGCACCUGGUGAAACCGGUGACUUACCGCACUCAUUACCUAACGCAAAGCGUGGCGCGACUUCUGACGUUGCUGAACGACACGUCCUUGACCCUCACAUACCGCCUGACCAUCUGCAACGUUGACGAGAGGCCGGAUGAGUUCACGGAGGCCCAGGAGCUGGAGGUGCUGGUGCCCACGACCAAGCGAUUCGGUGCGAUAGUAGGGGAGGCUGGAUCCUCCCGCAGGACAAAGGCCACGCGCUGGGAGAAGUUGAAACACGAUUACGUCUACUGCCUGCAGGACACACUGGCCCGCGGUGUGCGCUACGCCUUUCUGGUGGAGGAUGACGCGCUGGCACAUGAUCACUUGCUGCACGUGCUUGAGCACGUCUUGCGGACGGUAGUGGAGGCACCGAAGACCCCAUCCGUGACCUACGUAAAGUUCUUCCACCCCCAGCGCCUGCUGGGUUACUACAGCCUGGAGGUGGAGCGCCUGAGCGAGCUGCUAGCCCUGUCCUUGACCCUGGGAGCCGCGCUGGCACUGGGGUGCAGCUGCAGAGCUCCCCAUCGUGGUCAGGGGGAUUCCGCUGGCAGCAGCGACGGCGGUGGAGACAACCGCAGCACGGAGCGUCGGCAGCUGUGGUUGUCGUGGGCGUGGUGGACUGCCCUGGUGGCCGUGGCGGCGCUGGCUGUGGGGCGCGAGAACUUGCUGGAGCUGCGGCGCUUGUCGAUACAGCUGUACCAGGUGACCCCCACCCCGUCUUGCUGCACACCUGCCAUGCUGUUCACGAAGCAAGGAGGGCAGGAGAUCAUCGACCAUUUGCUGAGCGUGACGUGCACGUCCAGUCAGUCCACGGACUUUUGGAUCGACGAGUUUCGUCGCCAGACUGGCGCUAGGGCCUUGCUGGUGCAGCCCAACCUUUUCACUCACAUAGGCCUUGUGUCUACACUGAGGGAUAGUGAGGUGAACCCGUUGGUCGUGGCCAGGUAGCAUACAGGGCUAGUCCGUCCUAUCCUGCUUGUUUUCGCGGAGAGUCCGGAUUCUUUAAUCUCUCAGGCAGUCUUGCUGACAUGACGUAUGUAAAGCGACUGAGAUGCGACCUGGAGUAUGAAAGACGAAUGCAUGGCUGAAAUAGCAGAGCCUAGUCAGUUUAUCUAAGAUAAAGCUUCAGAUACACCACGAUAUGUUUUGUAUACGAAGUAUUGGUAAAUGGAAGACAGCGAGAAAGUGGGUGUAAAUGCGACAAGAUGAGUUGUAAGAGACUGCGAGAACUGUGUGUGCACUAGAGAGAAAGUAAUUUCAUGAUCUAUUUAUCUGAACCACUCAGUGGUUUAUAUAGCAACCAUCCUGUGAUGUAGGAUUUUGGAGAUGAUCUCAUCUUACCACCAUAACUAACCCUGACCAUUUGUUAGAAUUAUGUCCAUUUGAUGCUUUCUUCAGUGCAUCUUUCUUUAGUGCAUCGUGCUGAAUCAUCAGGAUCGUGCAGCAAUAUGAAUCAGACCUAAAGGACUGUUCCCCCUUCAUCUUCACCGUCUGAUCAGAACGGAGUGUCCGCUUGAUUUUGGGCAGUGCACACGUCGCCUACAUGAAAGAUUAAUUGACAUUUAUUUCUUUCGCAACAGUAAACUACCCAAUUUUAUCUUGGAGGAACGAGUUCGGGAAUGCCGAAAGAGGAAGGUUAUUAACAAUCACAAAUGCCUAAACUUCGUAAAUAAACAUUUAAGACUUUAUUGAAUCGUUCUUGGUCAUCGAUGAGAUCGAAGGACGACCACAUGGAUUUAUGGCGUUGUUCUACUUUACAACUUUAAAGAAAUUUUAAGGCAUGAAGGUUCCAAAAUAAAUAAAGCUGCUGCUCUAUGCAUCGUG